AUGGGCAACACCGCUUCCGUGACACCAUUAUCUACGGCACUAGGCUCGACUGGAAUCUUUUCGGAUAGCAAUCUCUGGAAUCCGGACUCGCAACUGCAGACGAGUGCGUUGAUUACACAUGAGAGAGACCACGAGAUGGCAUUUCUGGUCAGACAUUUCACUGAAUGUCUCGGGCCGUGGAUGGAUUUGUUCGAUAAGGACAAGCACUUCACACAUCUUGUACCACUCAAAGCAUUGCGGGACGCCCUACUUCGCAACGCGAUAGCAGCAGUUGCGGCGAAACAGCUCGGUCGAGUCAAGGGCGCCAAACCAUUUGUUGGCCUCCAGGCUCAAAGGCCGUCCGCGAUGGAGGUCUUGGACGAUAAUGUGGAAGUGGACUGGUAUUACAAGGCCGCCAAUUAUUACGACAAGGCCAUCGCCUUCUCACGACAAUAUUUGCAAGCAGUAUCUGGGAGUCUGGAACAGCCGUCGACUCCAAAUACACAGAUGGCUUUGUCCAUGGCAAACUCUGACGACCUCCUGGUCGCAGUGUCGCUGUUCUCACUAUACGAGUCCUUGGACAAUUUUGAUGCAGGAUGGAUACAGCAUCUCGUCGGGCUGAAGUCUCUACUCACAGCCGUAACUCCAGCUCAACAAGUACAGAAUCAAAUAACACCAUCUCUUACCGUUGGACGACUCGCUUCAUUUUGGAACUUCGCACGGGCAGACUACCAAGCAGCCUACAUCAAUCAUCAGGCGACCCUACUCGACACAGACGACGUCGGCUUAUGGAAUUCUUGCGGUCUCGAGAUUUCCGAAUCAGGCGAGCUCUACAAAUCCACGGACUACGUCCGAAACGAUCCCUCACAUAGCCGCGACCUAGCCGAACUUGUCGCGCACACGCUCCUUUGGCUUGUGCUGAAAGUUAUGAACUACCUCGCCAAUACCGAUGAGAAGCCAAGCGUGCGGCAAGAACAGUGGAAGACGCUCACUCGCCAACUAGAUCACUGGUACGGCAAUCUGCCCGCAACCUAUCAGCCUUGCGCUACGAUUCGCCAUCCACGUCGAAGCAGUAGCGGCGCUCGCUCGCCUCUCACAGAAGUCUUCUUCAGCAUCGACGUGUGUGCCGCGGCCCUUCAGCUGUACCACUUUGCGCGCAUACAGCUUCUACUACAUCGUCCUUUGGAGGAUCAAACAGGCCAGGUUAGCCGACUGAAAGCGUAUCGCGAAGUGUCCACAGAAGCCAUUGCGCAUGCACAUGAGAUCAUCGGCAUCGCGCUAGGUCGGCCUCAUCCUGCUAUCAGGGUGGAGAUGUUGCUGCCCUUGGGCAUCGCGGGCGCUUGUCUGGAAGCAGACGAGGAGAGGACCAUCGUGCUGGAACUACUGGAGGCAAUCGAGAAGGAUACGGGCUGCAGUACGGAAGCUAGGCGGAGCGAGAUGCAAUUCCAGUGGGGCUGGAGUCGAGAGCCAGAGGGCAUUGCGUGA